AUGGAGACGCGAAGAAAAUACUACUACUAUUAUUACUACUACUAUUUCCACUCCUUCCUUAUUAGUAUUGGCACCCUACUCUUCUUCACAAGUACAUUUAUGAUGUGCUCAUCGUCUCAACUUGAGCCGGCCCCUAACCCUGAUUCUACCUCCCCACCGGUACAUUUACUACAAGAUGAAUAUGCACCUACCUUAGAAGAUAUAUUCGGUCCGCACGCCUCACAAAUUAUGACAGGGCUCUAUGAAAUAAUAGACGAAGAUGCCACAACAACAGGUGGUUAUGCAAACAGACCGGAUGAUGACCAAUCCAAUCAGAGCAAUACCAACGAUGACGCCGUUCUGCUGAGCUCUUGGAGCAGCGAUAAAGAUAGCUUUGAUGAGUUAAUGGAAGAAAUCGAUAGCGAUAAAAAGAAGAAAAAAAGACGUUACCCAUUAAGAAGAACCAUAUUCAAAACAUCGGAUAGCUCCGAUUCCCUCAGCGAUUAUGAACACGAGGAUGAGAUAGUUCAACAAACACAAUACGAACAACUACAAGAACAAGAAGAAGAUUUAGAUCCAUUGUCUGAUGAUUCGUUGUCUGAUGAGCCAUUUGAAGUGAUAAAUCAUCCUUGGAAAGAUAAACUAGAAAGCUUUUCAUGUGAUACCAACCUAACGAAUGAAGAUGACCCUUACUCAUUGGAAGAACUCCAAUUAGAUGAUCCUGCAGAAAAUGUGAAAUUUGGAAAGCUCAAAUUCUUUGGAAUGGAAGACAUCGACUUGUUUAAAAAAAAAGAACCUAUCGCGCCUACUACAACCGGAAGUAACUUAAGAAAAAAUGGCAACAACUCAGAAGCAUCUCACAUAAAUCAGCAUGAACAUGAAAAAAUGGACAGAAGGAAACGCAGAACACAUAGACACUUUAAAAAUCCAAUUGAAUUUUUUUCAGUUACUACCACCUAUGACAUGUUCUUAAAAGAAAACGGCUUGAGAGACCAUCCGUCGAAACAUCAGAAGAAUAUUGGCGAACCUUUUCCACUGAACCAAUAUUACUAUAGAGAUGCUAAAUACAAUAACGCGAGACAUUAUGUAUUAAAAAUGCUCUAUGAUAACCUAAGGGGCCUGGGUCAAAAGGAAUAUCAAUAUUUAAAAGAAAACCAAUAUGAAGUCCAGGAUUUUAUCAGACGAAUUUUAAAAACUAGUUUCAUAUGCCUCACAUUUUCGCAAGAAGCUCAAUUGUUUAAGGAUGCUAAUAUGUUGAUAGAUAAAGCCAGCAUCAAAAGUAUAAACAUUAAAACGAACAUUAAAACGAACAUUAACCCGAACAUUAACACGUACAUUAAAACGAACAUUAAAAGAAAUAUUGAAACACCCAUACAAAACAAACACGAACAUUAA